AUGGCUCCAAAGAAGAAGGUUGUUCAAGAAAAGCCAAUCUUAUUAGGUAGACCUGGUAAUAAUUUAAAGUCCGGUAUCGUUGGUUUAGCCAAUGUUGGUAAAUCAACAUUUUUCCAAGCUAUUACCAGAUGUCCAUUAGGUAACCCAGCUAACUAUCCUUUCGCUACCAUUGAACCGGAAGAAGCUAGAGUGAUUGUUCCAUCUUCGAGAUUCAAUAAGUUGGUUGAUAUCUACAAGCCAAAGAGUGAAGUUCCAGCUUACAUGACCAUUUAUGAUAUUGCAGGUUUAACCAAGGGAGCUCAUGCUGGUGAAGGGUUAGGUAACAAUUUCUUAGCCAACAUUAGAGCAGUUGAUGCUAUUUUCCAAGUUGUUCGUUGUUUCGAAGACGCUGAUAUCAUUCACAUUAACGAUGAAGUUAACCCAGCCGCCGAUUUGGAAAUUGUUCAUGACGAAUUGAGAUUAAAGGAUAUAGAAUUCGCCACCAAGCACUUGGAAGGUAUCGAUAAGAUCACCAAGAGAGGUGGUCAAUCCUUAGAAGUCAAGCAAAAGAAGGAAGAAGCUGAAUUGGUCAAGAAAAUUAUACAAUUAUUGGAAGACGGUGGAAGAGUCGCCAACCAAAAAUGGACCACCAAAGAAGUUGAGAUCAUCAACUCCAUGUUCUUAUUGACUGCCAAGCCAACCAUUUACUUGGUUAACUUGUCUGAAAGAGAUUACGUCAGAAAGAAGAAUAAACAUUUAUUAAAGAUCAAGGAAUGGGUGGACGCUCACUCUCCUGGUGAUUUGAUCGUUCCAAUUUCUGUCUCUUUAGAAGAAAAAUUGGCCGGCAUGGAAACCGACGACGAAAGAGACGCCUACUGUAAGGAAUUAGGUGCUCAAUCCGCUUUACCAAAGAUUAUUGUUUCCAUGAGACAAAAGUUGGACUUAAUUUCCUUCUUCACUGGUGGUCCAGAUGAAGUUAGAGAAUGGACCAUUAGAAGAUGGUACACUGCUCCACAAGCCGCAGGUACCAUUCAUACUGAUUUAGAAAGAACCUUUAUCUUAGCUCAAGUUAUCAAGUACGAUGAUUUAAUUGAAUACGGUGACGAAAAGAGUGUUCAAGCUGCUGGUAAAUUAAUGCAAAAGGGUAAAGAUUACUUUGUUGAAGAUGGUGACAUUAUAUUUGUUAAGGCUGCUGAUGGUAAAGCCCGUUAA